CUCGCGAGCAUACGGUGACUUAACAGUCUCGGAGAGGGAGAUGGAGAGAAAUGAGGUCUGAAAAGGACCAAAUGACCGUGGCCAAAGAUAAAAGCGUCGAGAUCCAAUUCAGGGACGUUCCGAGAGAGGCGGAGAACGCCACUGGUAACCCCAAGCAGAAAGAAGAGAAGAAGGAGGUUUUUACGAAGGUAGUAAUUAGAAGACUUCCCCCAAACCUGUCCAAAGACCAGUUAGAAGAACAGCUGAGUCCACUGCCUUCCUACGACUAUUUUGAGUUCUUCCCAGCAGACCAAAGUCUCUACCCUCACCUGUUCUCUAGAGCUUACAUCAAUUUUAAGAACCCUGAAGACAUCCUGCUCUUUAGAGACCGAUUUGAUGGAUAUGUCUUCAUUGACAACAAAGGUCAAGAAUAUUGUGCAGUCGUAGAGUUCGCUCCUUUCCAAAAGAUUUCCAAGAAGAAGCUUAAGAAGAAGGAUGCAAAAGCUGGGAGCAUUGAAGAAGACCCGGAAUAUAAACGAUUCUUGGAAAAUUACUCCUGUGAUGAGGAGAAGUCUAUGGCAAAUCCAGAGACUCUGCUGGGAGAAAUAGAAGCUAAGACCAGAGAGCUCAUAGCCAAGCGUACAACACCACUGCUGGAGUACAUCAAGAACAAAAAAAUUGAGAAACAGAGAAUAAGGGAGGAGAAGAGGGAGGAGCGACGAAGAAGAGAACUUGAAAAGAAAAGGCAACGGGAGGAGGAGAAGAGAAAGCGCCGCGAGGAAGAGAGACGCAAACGGAAAGACGCAGAGAAGCAGAAGAAGCUGUCUGAUAAAGACAUUAAAAUCAAGCUCCUUAGGAAGAACGACAGAGAUGAUGACGUGGAUUCAGACCGAAUGAAGGACAAAGGUGACGUUGGAGAGACAGACAGAGGGAAAUGGGAGAAGACGGGAGGACAAAUGAAGUCGAAGGAGCCCAAAGAAAAAGGUCAGCCUGAGAGCGACAAGGAGCAGCGCGAGCAGCACGGCCGCAGGCAGAGAGACAAAGACCACCGCGGCAAAGAGGAGGACAGGAAGCGCCAGCGGCACCACUACGAGUUCGACAAGUUCAUGCGUCGCAAAGAGGAAACCAAGUGGGGGAAAGGUUACUGUCAGGACCGAGCCAAGAAAGAGGGGCACCAUCAUGGCUACUCCUACUGCCCCGACAGCGGGGACAAGCUGGGGAAGGAGGACAGGGAGGAUCUGGGCAGUAGGAAGGAACGCCUCCGAAACAAGGUGAGCGAGAAGGACCGACCGGCCAUGCAGCUCUACCAGCCGGGCGCCCGCAACCGCAAGCGCGUGGGCUCGACGGGCAAAGGCUUCGACUGCGCGCCCGCCGGCCACUCGCCGGAGCCGGCGGCCGAUCGCGCCUACGAGGCGGUCGCCAUGGCAACGGCGCUCGACAAGGCCUUCGACAAAGGCAACGAUGAGCCGUGAGGGCCGAGGAUGCUGUGAUUGAAUGACGCCGGCGAAUCAGGUCGAUUCCUCAGAGACGCUCCGUUCACGUGCACGUUCUUCCGCUCGUUGUGUGUUACCGUCGUCACGCCUUUAUAACACAAGUCCGUUGGCUCGAUGGGUCCCGUAGGAGACUAUCCAUCACAUAUAAGAUGAACUAUAUGUACAGUUGUCUAUAACAUAUGAACAGAAUGGCUGUGGAAAACUUUAAUAACAGAAAUGAUGUGUUUUUUGUGUGAAAGGAAAGGAAGUCACUACAUCAGCCUGUUUGUUCUUAUUUAUUUAUUAGACUUUCUCUUUUACCAUGAGACAAGGUCUUUUGUGAGCAGAAUGUUGUACAUGAGCCAGGAAGAACACGUUGUCUACAUUUCUAUAACGCGUUGACUCCCGACAGAAUAAAAUGCCCCACUGUAAAAUGUGAAACAUAUAAGUGAAAACAAUUCAUUUCUAAGCUGUUUCUAUCAAUUCCGUGUAUCAAAUGUGAGCGUAGAAGCCACACAGUGAAAUAAAGUACCGUGGUUUGUCUGUUUAAAA